UUCAGAAGAGAAGGAACAAAAAAAAAAAGAGAGUUUUAAAUCCCACCAUUGCUCUUCAUUCUUGUUCUCAUGUAGUAGUGAAUCAUGAAAGAGUGGAGAUAGAGAUAUAGAGAGAAGCCAUGUUCUACUCCAAGUCUAUGCUUUCCAAGAAGGGCCCUCUGGGCAACAUUUGGGUGGCUGCUUACUUUUUCAGGAAGCUUAAGAAGGAGCAGAUUGCAAGCACUGACAUCUCCUCCUCCAUUGACAAAAUGUUGCAUGAUGUUCAACUAUCAUAUAGAACUUUGGCUCACCUGCUUUUGGGCAUUGUAAAGAUAUUCUCAAAGAAAGUAGACUUUCUCUACCGUGAUAGCAAUGAGGCUUUGAUGAAAAUCUGUAAGUCUUCAAUUGAUAGCCAGUUAAAUCUAUCCAAAGAAGUUGCCAAUACUACCCAACAUAAGGUAUCUAAGCAAGGCGUCCGUGCAAUGAAACACAAGGCCGGUGGAACUUUAGACACUAUUACACCAUUGGCAGGAGUGAUUGGCGGGCCAUAUCAUGAUACUUCUAUCACUAUUCCUCAGAGAUUUGAACUUGAUUCUUUUGACAUCGGGAUCCAGGAAGAUAGAGACAACUGUAACUUUCGUGAAGAGUGCAACAUUGAAGAUGCAUGGUCUGCAGAUAGGAGUCCACGUACCUCUCUUGACAAGUGUUAUCACAGGGAGACUACUUCUAAUGCUGAGUUCAGUUCUGCAUGUUUUACUCCAUUGGCUGAUGUGCUUCCAUCCUAUAUGAUGGAUAUUGAUGAAGAAAUUAACAAAAUUUACAAGUCAGAUGGUGGAGAAGCAGUUGGGCAGGAAUUCAGAGAAGAUUCUGACCAUAUAGAAUAUUGCAAUAACCUUGAAACUAUGGUGGCCCGGAAUAUACUAGGCUCCACCUUCUUUGAUAUGGAGAAUGGAAAUCAUGAACAUUCAGAGAGCUUAGAAGAGAUUGUCUCACAAACUAUUCAGAAGAACUCACAUGUUAAUCAACCAGAAAUUCAUGUGGAACUGGUAAACUUUGCCUGAAACUAUAACAUCAGAGUCUCACAAAGACAUUGGCCUUGAAGGGCUAACAGAAGAUAGAACUCCUACGAAAACCCCAUGAUAACAUCAUUUGUGAUAAAGAUCAAGGUCCAAAGCUUAUGGUUACAACUCCUGCUCAAAGGGAAAGGUUUCAAUUACUCAGGAAGAGGAAGUAUUCCUUCGAUGAGACCUCUGUGCUGACUAAUAA